CGCAUCAUCAUCAUCGGUCACUGCCGCACCUGCGCGGCUUGUAAAACCAGAGAGGAGAGAGGAGCCGUAAAGUCAGACUGGGUUGAUUUUACAAGGAAGUCUGGAAACGGUCCACAAAGGCCUAUCAAAACUCAGAGAUCCUCUUUUUAUUGCUACUACUCCAGGCUAAACACUGGCUCAGAGUUUGCGGUCAGCCGGUAAACAGUAGGCGGCCCAGAGCGCUUCUACCAGCUGGACAAACAAUAACAAUCCCUUUGCUGUCACAUCAUGAACCCUGAAUAUGACUACUUAUUCAAGCUUCUUCUGAUUGGAGAUUCUGGAGUCGGAAAAUCUUGCAUUCUAUUGCGUUUUGCAGACGACACCUACACAGAGAGUUUCAUCAGCACGAUCGGAGUGGAUUUCAAGAUCCGAACUAUUGAGUUGGAUGGAAAAACUAUUAAACUGCAGAUAUGGGACACCGCUGGACAGGAGCGAUUCCGCACGAUUACAUCUAGCUACUACAGAGGAGCUCAUGGGAUCAUUGUUGUGUAUGAUGUCACGGAUCAGGAGUCCUACAACAAUGUGAAACAGUGGCUGAAAGAAAUCGAUUGCUAUGCAAGUGAGAAUGUCAACAAACUACUUGUAGGAAAUAAGUGUGACCUCACUACAAAAAAAGUUGUGGACUACACUACAGCUAAGGAGUUUGCUGACUCUCUCGGCAUCCCUUUCCUUGAGACGAGUGCCAAAAAUGCCACGAACGUGGAGCAGGCCUUCAUGACCAUGGCAGAGGAGAUAAAGAAGCGCAUGAGGCCGGGGGCUUCAGGGGGUUCAGAGAAACCUGAUCUUAAAAUUGAAAGCACCCCGGUGCAACAGUCAGGCAGCGGGUGCUGUUAGAUCACUGUCAUAUUUUCUCAGGGAGAGUGAUGAGCAGGACUGGACACUGAGGCGUAUUGUGUUGAGGUGGCCAAUGUGGGUAUUAACGACAGACUGUAUCCUACAUGGUGCUCAAUAAAGUCUGAAAUCAUUACUGUUG